AUGGCUCGGACUGUCAGCAAGAUGUGGGAAAAUUACUGCCUACGUUCAUCUCAAGGCACAGCUUCUACCAUCCCGGUGUUCGUCUAUGGCACGGCCUGGAAGAAAGACCGCAGUGCCGAUCUAGUCUAUAAUGCAAUCAAGACCGGUUUCCGAGCUGUGGACACAGCGGCCCAACCCCGCCAUUACCAAGAGCAUCUCGUUGGUGAUGGCCUCCGUAGAGCAAUUGCGGAGGGGAUCGUCGGCCGAGAAGACUUAUACGUGCAAACCAAAUAUAGUCCCGUCCCGGCACAGGAUCUGGCCAAUAUGCCCUAUGAUCCGUCAGCGACCGUGACGGAUCAGGUCCAUGCAUCUAUCAAAUCAUCAUUGUACAAUCUUCGCUCAGAAGCUGACACCACCUCCGUGGGUGAGACGUACAUUGACACCGUGAUCAUCCAUUCACCACUGUCAACUUUAGCUCAGACCCUGGAAGCCUGGCAAGCCCUUGAGACUUACGUCCCUCACCUCAUCCGGAAUUUAGGUGUCUCUAAUUGUACAUUGCCUAUACUCCGAGAGCUGUGUACUUCGUCCCAGACAAUUGUGAAACCAUCAGUGGUACAAAAUAGAUUCUACGAGGACACUCUGUUUGAUGUCACCCUACGCGAGUUCUGCCGCGAGAAUCAGGUCAUAUACCAAAGCUUUUGGACUUUGACAGCAAAUCCAGACCUUGUGCGCUCUGAGCCAGUGCAGCAACUUGCCUACCAUGUUAAAAUAUCACCGGCUGCUGCGUUUUAUACUCUAGUUAUGGGCUUGAAGGAUGUGGUGGUGCUGAAUGGGACCAAGGAUGAGUCCCGCAUGAAGGAGGACUUGUCUGCUCCUAAGCAGGUCGAGGAUUUCACGCAGAAGGAACCUGAGUUAUGGCAACAGAUUCUGGGGGAUUUCCGGGGUUUGAUAGGGGAAUCUGGUUUCACUUGA